AGCACUUGAAAUCCUCUUCAAAUGAUACAUAUAAUUAAAGAAAAGGGGAAAUUUCCCUUAUAUUAUCGUUGACCAUCGGCAAGCUUGACCUCGUGGAUGUUAUCUUUUCUUUUAAUUUUUUCUCAGUAAAAAUAUAUAAAAGAGUGUCAGUAAAUUUUGUAGUUUAUAAUAUUAGAGUAUUAUAGAAGGAAUUUUAGUUUUCAUUCUGAAAAGUUUUUUUGUUGAGUAUUGCCUAUAUAUACAGUCAAGUAGAAAUGAUUGGAAUUAUUAAUAUCAUCUGCAUUCUAGGAAUAUUAUUUGGCCAAAUGUGUUUGGUCUAUUGCUCUUGCUUAGAAAGAAGACAAACAAAUGGCACUAUUUCAGAUACUUAUACCGUACAGGGAAGGAACUGGUAUGAGAAAUGUUGGACUAUAGAUAAUUCAGAUAAUAAUUUGCUCUUCAUUCAACUAAACAGCUUGAAUUUGGGAGAUAGGCCUUCUACAGAUGGCGUUUUAUUCAUAACAUUAAAGCCAGAGAACAAAGUUGUUUACUAUUGGUCGAAAUCUCUGAUGGGCAAUUUUACAACAACUUCACCAAUAGUUGAAAUCCUGUUUAAGCUAAAUUCAGCCAAGUUUAACAAUUUUCAGCAAACAAGUUUCUCAUUAAGUUUCAGGCAAGAAUGUGGUGGAGUUUUCACCAAACCUACGGGAAUAUUAAAGAGUCCAUAUUACCCAGCAAACUAUCCAGCUCUAGCAGAAUGUAUAUACGAAAUUCGUACGAGCCCUGGAAAUAUAAUCAAUAUUACAUUUAACAAUAUGGUGAUAGAAGAUGCGCUCCUAUGUCGAUAUGACUAUUUAAAGAUUCAAGAUGGUGAAGAGAAAAACAGCUCUGUUAUCGCACUGUUUUGUGGAAAUGAUGUGCCAAAGCCAGUAAUAUCUACAAACAAUUACUUAAGAUUGAGAUUUAGCACUGACGGUCAUACUGAAGAACAAGGAUUUUAUGCUACUUAUACUGUUGUAGAAAAUGAACAUAGCAAAUGUUCUCUUGAAGAUAACUUUUACUGUUCCAAUACCACUUGCGUUCCAAAGAGUGAGGUUUGUGAUGGAAUAAAAAACUGUGAAAAUGGAGCUGAUGAAUUUGGUUGCGAAUUGCUGCCUAUUCGUGUUGCAGUGCUAAUCGCAGCUGCGGAAUUGUUGCUGGCGACUGUGGAUAAGCGUCUCCCUAGAGUGCCCACAUGUUUUCUAUUAGUUUAA